CUAUAGGCGGAGCUGCGAUAACCUGGAUAACAGGGAGUUGAGCCACUAGCGUGGCAGGGGCGAGCUGGCUCCUUUCCGUCUUCCUGUGGUGGAGUACAGUGUUUCCGUGUGUGUGUUUACAUCCCAAGAUGUAAACGUAGGUAGGGCAUAAAAUACAUAUUUUAAAUGUUCUCGGGAUCUUUGAUACCUAGUACUUCUGGACUGGGAGAACGUGCUGGCCAAAAGGAGUGAGUGGAAAAGUCUUCAGAUGGAUUUUAAAAUAGAAUACACUUGGGAUGGUUUUCCAGUGAAGCAUGAGCCAGUGUUUGUCAGGCUGAAUCCAGGUGAUGGAGGCGUGGUGAUGGAAGUUAGCGCCCCAUUUUUCAAUGAUCCUCCAGCUCCACUUGGAGAACCAGGAAAACCUUUCAAUGAACUGUGGGAUUAUGAAGUUGUGGAAGCAUUUUUCUUGAAUGACAUAACUGAACAGUAUUUAGAAGUUGAACUUUGUCCUCACGGACAACAUUUGGUGCUUUUACUCUCUGGAAGAAGAAAUGUAUGGAAACAGGAGCUUGCUCUAUCAUUCAGAGUGUCCAGAGAAGAGACAAAAUGGGAAGGCAAAGCUUAUCUUCCUUGGAGUUAUUUUCCACCAAAGGUGACAAAAUUCAAUUCAUUUGCAAUUCAUGGGUCAAAAGAUAAAAGAAAUUAUGAAGCUCUUUACCCUGUACCUCAGCAUGAACUGCAACAAGGACAAAAACCUGAUUUCCAUUGUCUGGAAUACUUCAAGCCUUUCAAUUUUAACACACUGCUUGGAGAAGAAUGGAAACAACCAGAAUCAGAGCUGUGGCUUAUGGAGAAAUCUGAUGUAUAGGAGUAUAGUAGAUGAUCAUAUCAAUCAUUUCUUCUCUGUAUCUUUUAAGGUAAACCAAUAAUAAGUAUAAUCUCUUUUAAUCAUGGUACCACCAGCACAUUUCAACAGCAAAUAUUUUCAUAGAAGUCAGUGAAAAUACAGUGUCUCUGUGGCAAGUUGUGUAUGAGUUAACAAGAAAAUUGAAGGUUUGUAGAUGAGUUUAUCUAGUAAGUUAAAAUGUUCCUCAGAGUCAUUAAGUCCAGAAGCGACCAUGUCAAUGAGUUCUACUGUCUGCCUUACCACCCUCAACCCAAAUAUCUCCAACUCUGUCAGCCAAAAUCAUUAUUUCUCUUCCCACUUCCCUAAACCUCAGUCAGCCUGAGACUGGAACAUCUUAUUUGCACAUGUUUUAAUUCCAUGUAAUGUACAAUAAUUCUUUACUCAGAAUCUUCUGCAUUCUUCAAGUGGGUUGAAAACAAUGACCUAUUUCAGUUGAGAAGGAGAUCCAUGUUUGUUAAGGCAUCAUUAAGAUACAUAUGUAUUUAAUCAGCUGUUUUUCCUGUCUUGGAGGCUAUUUUUAGUCUGUAGAAGGAAAUGGAAUGAAGUAGCCUUGAAUUUGGGCAACUGAUUCUACUUUUGUUUACAAACAGAUGACACUUACUUAUGUAUGCUGUUAAACCAGAUGUGAAAAUGUUUUUGCUUUACUUUGUGAGCAUUAAACAUUCCUGGUCUAGAAUUUUCAAAUUUUGUGCUAUAAUAUAGCUCAGAGUUUGAAGCCAUCUAGCAGAUCAUCUGUGAACUUCUCCACUAAACCUGUUUCUCCACUAGCAUUCUUAACUCAGAGGUUAGUAGCCUUGCAGAAGAAUUUUUAUUGUACAGAAUACACAACAAUAUACUUUUUUCUCUUCUUUUUUACUAACAGAACUUGAAUUUUUAGGGGCAUUGCUCAAAAACAUUUUUCCAGAUUCCUUUGAAGACAGAAAUGGCAUGAUAAAGCAGCUCAGGUUAAUGUGAUAUAAGUACACAGUAUUAGGUGGGGAUUUAAGGAAAGAUGACUUGAAGAUGAAAGAUUCAGCUGUCAUACACUUUUUGUCCUUUGCCCUCCCCUUUCCUUUUUCCUGAAUUGCAUAAUUGGAACCUGAGGUAACACACUAGCUGUAUUGUAUCAAUGAGGAGACAAUCCAGGGAGAGCUGAGCAGCAGGACAGAGGAGCCUGAAUUAUAAACAAUGCAGUAGAGUAACAUACCAUAUCUGGACUGCCUACCUAUUGACUUCUUUAUACAGGAGAAAAGAAGCUGCCUAAUUUGUUUCCCCAAGUUGAUCCAUAGAUUUAAUACAAUCCCAGUUAAAAAUCCCAGAAGGCUUUUUUGGGGUCUAAAUUGACAAACAUUAAAACUUUAUGUGGAAAUGUGAAGGACCUCAAAUAGCCAAACAAUUUUGAAAAAGAACAGAGUUUGAGGACUUACAUGACUUGACUUCAAGACUUACUAUUAAACUUCAAUAAUGAAGACAGUGUGACAUUGGCAUAGAUUUAGACAAAUAUAUCAAAGUAACAGAAACCAGAAAAGAAACAAUAUACAGUCAGUUGAUUUUUUAACAAAGGUGCCAAUGUAUUUAAAAAGGGAAAGGAUAUCUUUUCAACAAAUGGUAUUGGGAUAACUGAAAAAAGCAUGAAAACAAAACCUUGACCCUCUACUUAAUCUACAUAAAAAUUAACUUAUAUGUGACUGGUGAAAUGAAAAAGGUUCUAGGAGAAAAUCUUCAUAAUCUGGAGUAGAGAAACACUUGUUUUCAAAUAAGACACACAAAGCACUAACUUAAAGAGAAAUUGGACUUCAUCAAAAUCAAAACUUUCUGUUCCUCAAAAGCUUCCAUUAAGAAAGUAAAGAAGCAAGCCACAGAUUGGAAUAAAAUAUCCAAAAUACCCAUAUCUGACAAAAGACUCUUACCCAGAAUAUAUAAAGAACUCCUACAAACCUGUAAUAAAAGGAGAAGCCAGUUAAGGAGCCUUCACAGACACUUCACAGAAAAAAUAUACAAAAGGCCAAUAAGUAUAUAUAGAAACGCUCUCAACAUCACUUAUCAUCAAGGAAAUGCAAAUUAAAACCACAAGAUACCACUAAAUGACUAAAAUUACAAAAUAUACACACUGGUUAAAUGGCUAACACUAAAAAAGACUGAGCAAUAAUGAGAAUGUGGAGUGCCUGGAACUUUCAUACACUAUGGAUAGGAAUGUAAUAUAUGGUACAAUCACUUUGGAAAACUGAAAAUUUCGAAAGUUAAAUACACACUCUGUUUUUCAGUAGUUUCAUGCUUAGGUACAUACUGAAGAGAAAUGAAUCUUACGGCAGUUUUAUUCAUGGCACAAAACAUAAACAAUCAAGUUUGUAUCUAUAGGAGAAUGGAUAUACAAACUGUGAUCUAGUCAGACAAUGGAGUACUACUUAUAAAAAAGAAUGGACUACUGAUAAAUGUAAUAACCUUACCUGAAUCUCUAAAGCAUUACAUUGAGCAAAAUAAACCAGACAGAACAUUCUGUAUAACUAAUUAUAUGAUGGCCAAUUAUAGGCAAAACUAAGCUGUAGUGAUGGAUCUCAGAACGACUGUUUUCUCUGGGUGAGGUCAGGGGAUUCAAACUGGCUGUAAAAGGAACAUGAGGAAAUUUGAGAGGGGGGCAGUUGAAAUGAUUUGUAUAUUGAUCUGGCUGACAGUUAUAUAGCUGCAUAUAUUUGUCAACAUUCCCCAAGCUGUAUAUUUAAGAUACGUGAUUUUACUAUUGUGAAUUAUACCUUAAUAAAAUACAGUUAUAAAAUAAGCUGUAAAUUAAAUGGAGUUAACUUCUAC